AUGCUUCCCGUCGAGAGCACCGCAACAGAAGGGGAACUGCCAGUAGUCAUUAAAAUCUUUUUGGACUUUUAACCAUAGUUCGGUUGUGUUUGGAACCUGAAACGAAAAUAAUACAAUCUUUUUUUGUUGCAGGUGAAUAGCAGGGAAAGCGAGGCAUCUUAUUUCGAUGAAGUACCAUCGGGUUCGCAAGCUAAAAGGCUUAAAAAGGCAACACAGAAACAACAAGAAGUGGAACCGAUUCUCCAAGCUUUUAAUAAGCUGGAAAAUAUUUCGAAGAACAAUGCGGCGGACGAGGUCGAUGUUUUUGGAAGCCAUAUGGCGAAUCAACUGCGAAGUUUGCCAUUGGAAGAGGCGGUUUCAUCGAAGGCUGACAUGAAUAACUAUUUGGCGGAAAGACGAAUAAAAGUAUUGAGAAUGGGGGCUCUUCCAACCUCACAGCCAGAGAGUCAAACAACAGAGACGUUUGUAGCACCAAAAUUCCGAAUGAUGGAGAACGGCAACACCAAUCGCGUCCCGAAACCUGCGCCACGAAGCAACAACGGUGUCCCGACACUUCUACCGCGCAGUAGCAGCGGCACACCUAUACCAAAACCGCGGGCCAGCAGCAGCGGCGGUCCCACCCCGGCACCCCGUACAGUACAAAAACCGCAGCAAGAGGCCAUGGUUAUCGAUAUUGUUCCUGACACUCAGCCCGACGACGAGGGAGCGGACUAUCUGCGAUGCCGUUUGUGUGCACGCCAUCCACGCCACGUAUUUCGCGCGAUGCAGCCAGCGCAGCGUUACCUGAUUGCUCGUGCACACCACUUCUGUACCAACUGUCUUGCGCUAUCACAUCACAGCAGUGAAUGUCCAUCCGCUGGCGUAUGCAGGCUUUGCGCCCAACGCCAUCACACCCUUCUUCACCGCAAGAACACUUCCCAAGCGCCGUUCCACCGCCACAUUCAGCUCCAGCUCCAGCGCCACGGGUAA